GGUGCCUGGAUGAAAAACUCAAGGUCAUCUUUUCAUCUUUUCAGCUCUUCAAGUCUUCAUGUGAGUGACGAGUCAUCAUCAUGAUCAAAAGUACCAGGUACGGUAGAAACGCCACCGGUGGCAUGGGUUGUGUACCUUCUUUAGUUUCAUAAAGCUGCUGGUGUAGUGGCGUAGACAAGUGGCUGGACUCUUCACUUUGCUUUGCUUCCUCUCAAUUACAGUACGGGUACGAUGUACUCGGAAUUCUGAGAAGGGCAGCUAUCCGGAUUGCUACAGUACCCCACAGGUACAUGUACUACUAGCCGAUUCGAUUCAUUCGGGCAAGUCGCCGCUGGCUAGCCAGCCAAAGGAGACCCUUUGUAGAAACGAAGAAUACAGCAAUCCAGAGGCAACAGACGCAGUGGAAUUCUUCUUUUAAAAAGCCUGCCUACUACCACUGGCUGGACUGGCUGGACUUGGAGUUCAUCGUGCCCCAAUUUCCAAGCCAAAGUCUCACCUUCCAACUUCCAAAGAGGAAAGGCCAAACGUGGACUUCAUACCGGUAUGGAUUCUUAUUACUGGAUAGAAUUGAAUCGAAUCUCCACAUGUAGUAGCCACUGCUCUCCAGCCGAGCCGCCCCUCUUGUCGUGUCGAGAACAACAGAACCAGCUGAUCAUGAUACCGUAGAAACGAGUAACUGCCCCGAUCGAGCGAUCAAUCGAUAAUGGCUGCAUGGCUACCGGUAUAGCUCUUGUGCUUCUGGAAAUAGGUUAUAUCACAAUGAGUUUGACUGAAGGUUUGCAACCUGGAUGAACAAGGUCACUUCUGAUUCGUAGUUUGUGCAUUGCCUUAGCCGCAGGUCCAUGCACAUGUACAUGUAUGUACAGUCGUGCAGCUCCAGUGACGAGGGACCAGUACUUCAUAGUCGAGUGACGCGCCGAGCCGAGUCGAGUCGGAAAAGGUGUAUUGUGACAGCUUUUGCAUCAUCCUGCGUAACGUUUUCGUCAAGGCGACUUCGAUUAACCCACAAGAUCUCGUCGAAAGAUCCAAUAUGACCGUGGGAUCUCUGUUCCGCCAAGCACGGAUAGGAGCCAAUCCGGAUAACCCGACGACCCCAUGCAUGCUUCUGGAAUCGAGGCAAUGGAUGUACAUGUGUUCUGCCACACCAACUAGCUUGCUAGCCAGAGUACUGCGCUGUUACCCAGCCUGGGCGGACCACGGUCAUAGCUCCAGCCGCAAGAUCUCUUUCGACAUUCAGCAGCUACUUUUGCAGUAGCUGGUGCGGUAGCUAUCUAGUUCGUCCCUGCACGACCACAGCCACUCUUCACUUGAACCACGACCAUGGCGUUGAGAACGUUCGGACGAUUGCUGCUGGUGACAGCGCUGUUUCUAGCACCUUCGUGUCACCCACGGCAUGGUGUCUUGGUGGUUGCGGGAGAUACCGGUAGCAAUGAGGAUGUCGACGAAGACAGCUCGAGCGACGGUGUGCCUACGAGCAGCGGUAAAACGGCGCAAGAGAAGCAAGACGUCUUUCUCCAAUGUCUCAACAGUAUGUUCCACGCCGACAAGGACUUGGACGAUGCAUUGAACAUGGAAGAAUACAAGCUCUUUCUCAAGUACUUUUCCAGUCAACUCUAUCCACAUCCGAUCUUCCACGAUGGCUACGUCACCCAGCAAAUCAGGGAACUAUUCAAGAUCCUCGUACAAGCCAGUGGCAAUGGAGAACGAGGAAUCUCCAUCAACGUUUACGGAAGCAAAAUCGAGCAAAUGCCAAACCUAGAGGAAGAACAGUUCGAUACGCUACAGUCCAUGUGCUCCAUGACGGAAAACGCGUUCAAGCUUUUGGCAUCCAGAACAGAAUCGCCCAAAGUCAUGGUUUUCCAGUUUGAAAUGAUGGAACCACGGGAUGGGGACUCGGGCGAUGGAAUGCAUGUCAAGAUCAAGCCGUUACUGCGAGAGACUGGACAGGCAAGACAUGGACAACAGCCCAAAGGACUAUUCGGGCCCGGAGACAAGGAACGGACUCCGGAAGACUAUGCAGCUACGGAAGAGCCACAAGAAGAUGACUUCUUCGUAGAGCUUCGCAAAGAAAUGGAUGAGCUGGAAGGAAACAAUACCAACACCACAGAGCCUGAUGGCAAUCUCACCAACACCAGCAGCAUACUGGACGAGUACCUAGACGCCCUAGACGCAUACCUGAACAAUGACACUAACCUGAACAAUGACACAGCACCUGCGCAUCACCCCAACACGACCAAUGCUACAUUUCUCAACUCCACUUCCAAUGGUGACGUCCUCGUCUUGGAUGACGAUGACGAUGACGAUUCUGUAUUCAAUGUCACAAUGGAUGAUGACAUUGUCUCCUCCAUUCUCCAAAACGAGACCAGCCCGGAUCCAAUCCUCAACAAGAGCAAUGUAGUACAAGCCAUCAACGCCACGAACGAUGACGUUUUCGUGGACGAUGAUACAUUUGAUGACGACGGAGUGUUCAACAGCACAACUGAUAUCAUUAUAUAUGACGAUGAUUACGGAGGCGUCAAUGAAACAACGCUGGACAAACCUAACACUACCGCUCCUGAGGUUGGAAAUGUGACUGGAGCAACCAACGAGACGAAUGAGACCACGCUUCCACAACUACAUUCGGGGUUCACGAGCAAUGUGACAAUCAAUGCAAACAGCAACUCUUCGGGGACAAGCUUUGACGAUGACGAUGCUAUUGCUUGGAAUGAAUCCUAUCGAGAGAUACAGUACCAAAAGAACAAGAAGGAGCUAGAAGAGUGGAAGAAACAAGUACUGAAAGAAAAGAAACGAAUCCAUGACGAACAUGUGGCAAAAAAGAAACACGAUAAGGACGCUGCCAAGGCAAAGGCUCCCCAACGAAAGAAAGAAGCGGAGGAAGAGCAGCAUGACAAGAAUGUUACCAGAGUUCCACACAACGACACCAACACAACAGGGCUACAUCUUCACAUCAACACUUCGUCAUUGCCCUUGCACCUCAACAUGACGAAACUGCACAUGCACCUCAACGACACGGAGCCAAUGCGACCAGAAGACGACGACGAUGAUGACAAAGAUGAUCUUGUGGUGAAUUCAAUCGAAGAUCCUUACGAGUACAUCGGGAACAUGACAAUACAAUUCAAUCUCACAACCGAGACUGACAGUGAUGUUCUCAAUCUAACCAUGGAUGAGCUCUUGAACGAAAUCUUUGACGACGACGACGACGAUACUGUCGUGAUUGACGAGGAUGGCGAAGACUCACAAAUACUUUCAAUACAUACCUCGUUUAUCAUCUCCAACACCCACGGGAAGAAGGAUGUGGACGUUCCAAUCAAUUCAGACAGCACGCUUCACAAGGCCUUUGGCGACUUUGUCGUACUCCUCAUUGGCACUGUUUGCGACAAAGCAGGAGUGGGAAGGAACUAUGGGAACUGCACUGUCACUGAUCACACCGAGGCUUCCAAGGCAAACAUGAAAGAGUCCAAAGAAGACAAAGCGGUUGAACCGGAUGAGCGUCAAAGGCGGUUGUUGCACAGUGGAGAACGAGAGCUCGUGGAGGGCGCAAAAUUCAGGGAACGUCAUGGCGUCAAGUUUGACUACACGGUGCUGAAUCCUGAAUUGUAUGAGAUUCUCGAUGUCGAUUGCCCUGUGCGUAUCGCAGGCUUGCAUGACAUGCUGCAAUGCCAGACAGUCUACGCGCACUAUAAUCUUCUUCUGAAGCACCUUGACGGUCACCUGGAAGAGAUUGAGAAGAAUUACAUGAUGAUCACUUGGAAGGGUAUCCGCGAGGGCAGACUGGACCGAAGCUUGUUAGUGAUGAAUCCAGAAACUAUUUUCGCAGUGGAAGGUAUUGGGCACAACGUAUUCCCAUCAAGUCACAGGCACCAUGGAGUGCAUGGGCGCGACAAGCAUAAAAAGAAGGCAGGUGCAGCAGCUGAUGCCAACGGUCAAAAUGAGACGGACACAGAGAGUCGAAGAAGGAUCCAGAGCGCACCGGAAGAUGACUUGGAGGACCUCUACCUGGCCGAACUGCUUGCAGAGGAGGGCCAUCGCCCCCAGCAGACCAGGUCGCUGAACAGAGAAGGUACCGGUACCUCUGAUGAAGAAGACUUGAUCGAGUCUGCAAAACGUACGAAGAAUACCGCAGGUGGUUGGACAAGUAGCGCAGUAUCGUCUUCAUCAAAACUGGCACUUUUGGCAAUCCUGAUAGCCCUCAUCAACGCUGCGGGAAUCUUGUUAUAGCUUGAACGAGUGCGCAAUGGGGCAUUGACAUGGUUCACAUAUUUUGUGGCGCCAUGCCAGUUUGUUGCGUUGUGGUCCAACUAAUUUAGUUUUACUUUGCAUGAUGCUUUGACUCCAUUCGAUAACCAACUAGCCAGGCAGUCAGUUACCGAUC